CGCUUGACAGCAGCACUGCUUUUUUCAGAACCUUCUCUAUACAUUAGUUUAUUCAAUGAGUGUGGUCAGUUUUUGCUCAGAAAGGGUCAAUUAGCUUAACAUUCUAUGCUGCUCACAUUCACAAAACACCGUCAGCUCAAAGAGGACAGACUUCAACUCGAGCCUCGAAACAGGAGAAUUCUUACAGCUUCUUCAAAUCUUGUACCCCUGGAGAGGACCUAUGAUGAGUCUAGACAUGGAUCUUCUGGCUGUCGGCUCACCACAAGACGUUAUUGAGAAGGUGGCUGAACACCUGGACUGCAGCCCUACAUCACGUGAAGUGGCUGAAUAUUUUGACCAGCAUGACAAGCUGAGACAUCUGCGUCAGGAAUUCCUGUUCCCGAAGGUGGCUGAGCUUCCACCGUCUGAUCUGUCACUCGUAAAUGGUUCGGAAGAGUGCAUUUACUUUGUGGGUAACUCUCUUGGACUACAGCCCAAAAAUGUGAAAAAAUACAUUGACGAGGAGAUAGAGAAAUGGGCCAAAACAGGAGCCCAUGGCCAUACAAUGGGGUCACAACCUUGGGCCUGGGCUGAGAACAAUCUAGAGGAUCUCAUGGCAAAACUUGUAGGUGCUAAAGCAGAGGAAGUUGCUUUGAUGAAUGGCCUGACAGUUAAUCUACAUCUUCUGAUGCUUGCUUUUUACCAGCCGACCGCAAAACGCCACAAAAUCCUUCUGGAGGACAAAGCCUUUCCAUCUGACCAUUAUGCUGUGGAAUCUCAGAUACGGCUACGGGGGUUUGACCCCAGCACAAGCAUGCUCCUCCUUAAACCCAGAGAGGGAGAGGACACCUUAAGGACAGAGGACAUUGUAUCUACAAUAGAGCGUGAAGGACACUCGAUUGCUGUAGUGAUGCUCAGCGGAGUCCAGUACUAUACUGGGCAGCUCUUCAAUAUGGAGGCCAUCACCAAAGCAGGCCAGGCCCAGGGCUGUUAUGUGGGAUUUGAUUGUGCUCAUGCAGUGGGUAAUGCUGAACUGCGACUGCAUGACUGGGGAGUAGACUUUGCAUGCUGGUGCACAUAUAAGUAUGUGAACUCUGGAGCUGGUGGUUUGGCUGGAGCGUUUGUACACGAGAAACAUGCGGACACGGUCAAACCCGCGCUGUUGGGUUGGUGGGGUCACAAACUGAGCACUAGAUUCCAAAUGACCAAUGAGAUGGACCUGCAGCCUGGAGUGAAUGGAUACAGACUUUCUAAUCAACCAGUUUUACUGGUGUGCCCCCUACAGGCCAGUCUUGAGAUCUUUAACCAGACCUCCAUGAAGGAUCUGAGGAAGAAGUCCAUCCUAUUGACUGGCUAUCUGGAAUACCUUAUCAAGCACUACUACAGCAGGGAUGAGUCGGAGCCUCAUAAGCCUUAUGUCCAUAUCAUCACUCCCAGUAACCCAGCUGAGAGAGGCUGCCAGCUGUCGCUCUCCUUCUCCCUGCCCAUCCGAGCCAUCUUUAAGGAGCUGGAGAAGAGAGGAGUCGCUUGUGAUAUGAGGGAGCCCAACGUGAUUCGUGUAGCUCCCGUUCCUCUCUACAACUCCUUCACCGAUGUCCACCGUUUCAUCACUGUGCUGGAAACUGUCCUGGCUGCAAGCAUUGUCCAGCAUGGCUGAACUCUGCAAUCCACUGACCAAGGAGCUGUCCAGUGUCACACUGACCUGCAUUAGGCAUUGAUUGAAGGAUUAAAAAAAAAAACCCACUACAAUCAUUCUAUGGAAAUAGAACAAUUUGCAUCCCUCGCAUUUAUUUUAAAUAGUAAAA